GAUCUCGGCGCGGCCGCGGCGGCGAUGGGGCGGCGGGGCCCGGCGGCGCUGGGGACCCUCGUGCUGCUGGGGACCCUCCUGGGGGUCACCGGCGGCGCCCGCGGCUGGGCCGACGCCUUCCCCGAGGACACGGUGGCCGAUCACGUCGGGGACACGCAGGGACGGCGCUACUACCGGCACCUGUCAGAUGACGAGGACCUGGUGGCCUCUGGAGAUGGCAGCGGGGAGGAUGGCAGCGCUGUUCCCUGGCCACCGGCAGUCACGGCCCCGCCUCUCAGCAGCGGGCUGGCACCCACCGCGCCCGGGCCCCGCCCCGCGCCCGCGGGCAUGGUGGUGGCCGAGCCCGAGGACGACCCCCCGAUCAUUUAUUUCCGGGCUCUGGUGAACUUCACCCGCAGCAUCGACUACAGCCCGCGGCUGGAGGACCCUGACUCCGAGGAGUUUCGGGACAUUUCCGAGGCCGUGGUGGACACGCUGGAGUCAGAGUACUACAAAGUGCCUGGGGAGCAGGUGGUCAGCGUGGUCUUCAUCAAGCAGCUGGACGGGGAUGUGUUCGUGGAGCUGGACGUGGGCUCGGAGGGCAACGCGGACGAGGCGCAGCUCGGGGCGGUGCUGCGGGACCUGCUGGCCAGCGGCUCCAUCGCCUCCUACCACACCUCCCCCCAGGGCUUCCAGUUCCGCCGCCUGGGAGCCGUGACCCCCCAGCCACGCGCUUGCACGGCGGGGGAGUUCUCCUGUGGGAGCGGGGAGUGUGUGGCCUUGGAAUAUCGCUGCGACCGCCGGCCCGACUGCCACGACGCCUCCGACGAGGAGGGAUGUGAGCCCUCCCCACGGCCGUCCCCCAGCACCGCCCGCCCGGCCACCACUCGCCCGCUGAGCACCGUCCCCGUGGGCACCACCCCAGCGUCCCCGCUGCGCCCCUUCACCCCGCGGCCCCCAAAACCAGCGGCCAGGGGGUGCCAGGGGGGCGAGGCCGCCUGCAGGGACGGGCGCUGCGUGCCCCGGGACUACCUGUGCGACGGGGAGCGCGACUGCGCCGACGGCUCCGACGAGGACGCCUGCGGCACCCCGUCCCCCUGCGAGCCCAACGAGUUCAAGUGUGACAACGGGCACUGCGCCCUCAAGCUGUGGCGCUGCGACGGCGAGAACGACUGCGGCGACGGCUCCGAUGAGAGCGACUGCCCCACCAAGGCGCCCGGCGCGGCGUGCGGGCCGGCGGAAUUCCGGUGCGUGUCCAGCGGGAGCUGCAUCCGAGCCAGCUACCAGUGCGACAGGGAGCCCGACUGCCCCGACCGCAGCGACGAGGUCGGAUGUGUGCCCCCACAGGUGGUGACGCUGCCGCGGGAGUCGGUGAGGGCGGUGCCAGGCCAGACCGUCACCUUCACCUGCGUAGCCACCGGUGUCCCCACCCCCAUUGUCACCUGGCGCCUGAACUGGGGACACACCCCCAGCAGCCACAGGGUCUCGAUCGUGAGCGAGGCUGGGCAGGGCACCCUGACAAUCCGGGACGUGAAGGAAGCUGACCAAGGCGCCUACACCUGCGAGGCCAUCAACACCCUGGGCAUGGUGUUUGGCAUCCCUGACAGCAUCCUCACCGUCACCCGCCCUGGGCCAUGUCCCGAGGGCCACUUCCAGGUGACGGGGACAUCCCGCUGCCUGCCCUGCUUCUGCUUCGGCGUCACCACCUCCUGCCGCGCCACCUCCCGGCACCGCCACCGCCUCCAGCUGCGCUUCAACCGCCCCGACGACUUCAAGGGUGUCAAUGUGACGGUGCCGGCAGCGCCAUCCGCACCGGUGCUCUCAGCCACUCAACUCCACGUGGACGUGGGCGCCGAGGAAUUCCAGCUCCUGGACCUGUCCCGCCGCUUCCUGGCGCUCGACGCCUUCUGGGCACUGCCAGAGCCCUUCCUUGGGGACAAGGCGGACGCCUACGGGGGAGCGCUGAGCUACGGCGUGCGGUACCGGCUGGGCCGGGGGCCCCCCGAGCCCACCGCCCACCCCGACGUGCUGCUGCGGGGCCACGGGCGCCAGCUGCGGGCGCGUGCCGGUGACACCCAGCCAGACGUCCUCAACCGGCGGCACGUGCCCCUCACCGAGGACCACUGGGAGGACGAGCAGGGUGCCCCGGUGAGCCGGGAGCUGCUGCUGCUGGUGCUGCAGGGGCUGGAGGGCAUCUUCAUCCGCGCGGUGUACGACGGGCGCAUGGCCAGCGUGGGGCUCAGCAACGUGGCCAUGGACAUCACCAGCACUGCAGACACCGGCCUGGGCCCGGCUGCCGACGUCGAGGAGUGCAGGUGCCCCGUGGGCUACACGGGGCUGUCGUGCCAGCGCUGUGCCCCCCGUUUUGAGCGGGUGACGAGGGGACCCUACCUGGGGACUUGCUCUGGCUGUGGCUGCCACGGCCACUCCAGCACUUGUGACCCCGUUUUUGGGCACUGCUUGAACUGCCAGCACAACAUGGAGGGUCCCCAGUGUGAGAAGUGCAAACCCGGCUUCUUCGGCGAUGCCACCAAGGGCACAGCCACCGCUUGUCACCCUUGUCCCUGUCCCUACACGGAGCCAUCUCGCAGGUUCUCGGAGUCCUGCUUUUUGGACACAGAUGGCCAGGCCACCUGCGACGCCUGUGCCCCUGGCUACGCCGGCCGCCGCUGCGAGAGGUGUGCCCCAGGCUAUGAAGGAGACCCCAUCCAGCCGGGUGGCAAGUGCACCCCGAUUGGCCAGGAGCUCGUCAAGUGUGAUGCCCGCGGGGGCCAGGACGAGGCGGGUGGCACUUGUCGCUGCAAGCCCAACGUCCGUGGCCGGCUCUGCGACUCCUGCGCCGCGGGCACCUUCCACCUGAGCGCUGCCAACCCCGCGGGCUGCCUGCCCUGCUUCUGCAUGGGGCUGUCCCGCUCCUGCGCCAGCUCCGCCUGGCACCGCCACCAGGUGCUGCUGAGCUCUGAGGACUCGGCGCCGCUGCCCCUGGCCAACCUGUCGGGCUCGCGGCUGCCGGGGGCCGUGCCACACUUCGCGUCCCCGCGGGAGCUGCGCUUCGACGCCUUCCGGGAGCUGCCCCGGGGAGUGCUCUACUGGGUGCUGCCUGCGCCCUUCACCGGGGACAAGGUGACGGCGUACGGCGGGGAGCUGCGGUACACGGUGACACACCGGGCCCCGGCUGGCGCUCCCCUGCCCCCCCGGCACCCUGACGUCCUGCUCCAGGGCAAUGGGAUCCUCCUGGAGCACUUCUCCAGCGUCACCCCCCCCGCCGGUGUGCCCACCACUGUCACUGUGCCCAUCCGUGAGGGCGCCUGGCGCCGCGCAGACGGGCACGAUGCCACCCGCGAGCACCUCCUGAUGGCCCUGGCCGACGUGGACCUGCUCAUGAUCCGGGCGUCCUACUCGGAGCAGCCAGAGGAGAGCGGCCUGGCCGAUGUCACCCUGGACGUGGCAGUGCCACACGCCACCGGCCGCCCGCCCGCGCUGGAGGUGGAGGAUUGUGCCUGCCCCCCCGGGUACCGCGGGGCCUCGUGCCAGGACUGUGACACCGGCUACACCCGCAGCAGCGCCGGGCUCUACCUGGGCACCUGCGAGCCGUGCCAGUGCCACGGCCAUGCCAGCGAGUGCCACCCUGACACCGGAGUCUGCCAGGGCUGCCGGGACCACACCGAGGGUCCCCAGUGUGACAAGUGCCAACCUGGCUACUACGGCGAUGCCACCCGGGGCACCCCGGGCGACUGCCAGCCCUGUCCUUGCCACGGACCCCAUGGGGACACCCAGGUGACAAAGAUCUGCUUCGAGGACACGGACAGGCAGCCCACGUGCAGUGCCUGUGCCCCAGGGCACAGCGGGCGCCUCUGCGAGAGGUGCUUGCCCGGGUAUGUGGGGGACCCGCUGCGGGGAGAGCCAUGCCGAGUGCCUGGUGUCCCCGGCGCACAAUGCCAGUGUGACCCACGAGGCAGCACCGGCGAGGGCUGCGAUGCCAACGGGCAGUGCCACUGCAAGGCCAACGUGGAGGGUCCCCACUGUGCCACGUGCCGUCCCCACCACUUCCACCUGAGCGGGGAUGAGCCAGCUGGGUGCCUGCCCUGCUUCUGCAUGGGCAUCGUUCAGCACUGCGCCAGCACUGCCUUCGCCCGUGGCACCAUCCGGACGUCCUUUGCCCCGGGAGAUGCCCAGGGGUUCGCCCUGGUGAACCGCCAGCGCAGCACCCGCGUCAGCAGCGGCUUUGGGGUGCAGCCGGGGCACCCCCAGCCCCACCUGACCUACGAGCGCUUCGGGGAGCUGCCCCCUGACUCCUACUACUGGCAGCUGCCACCUCCCUACCAGGGGGACAAGGUGGGCUCCUACGGCGGUCGGCUGCGCUACACCCUGACCUACACCCCGGGGGGACAGGGAGCCCCCCUGCCCGACGCCGACGUCCAGAUCACAGGCAAUGACAUCACGCUGGUGGCCUACCAGCCUGACCUGACCCCACGGACCCCCCAGGCCUUCGAGAUCGUUUUCCGGGAGCAAUACUGGCAGCGGCCAGACGGGCAGCCAGCAACACGGGAGCACCUGCUGAUGGCGCUGGCCGACCUGGAUGAGAUCCUCAUCCGAGCCACCUACUCCACCAGCACGGCCGCCGCCGCCAUCGCCGACGUGGCCAUGGACACGGCCGUGCCCCCCCAGCCCGGCUUGCCCCCAGCCCCCGAGGUGGAGGAGUGUCGCUGUCCCCCCGGAUACCACGGGCUGUCCUGCCAGGACUGUGCCCCCGGGUACACGCGCACCGGCGGGGGGCUGUACCUGGGGCACUGCGAGCUGUGCGAGUGCAACGGCCACUCCGAGAGCUGCCACCCCGAGAGCGGCGCCUGCUCCGGAUGCCUGCACAACACGGCAGGGGACUUCUGUGACCAGUGUGCCCCCGGCUUCUACGGGGACGCCACCGCCGGGACCCCCGAGGACUGCCAGCCCUGCGCCUGUCCCCUCCCGUACCCCGAGAACCAGUUUUCCAGGACCUGUGAGAGCCUGGGAGGCGGCGGGUACCGCUGCACCGCCUGCGAGCCGGGCUACAGCGGGCAGUACUGCGAGCGCUGCGCCCCCGGUUACACGGGUGACCCCACGGUGCGGGGGCAGGGCUGUGUCCCCGCGGGGCCACCCCCGGCGCUGGCCGUGCGUGUGCACCCCCAGCGCACGGCGGUGUCGCAGGGCAGCGCUGUCACCCUGCGCUGCCACGCCACCGGGGACCCGCCGCUCUACUACCACUGGGUGCGAGAGGACGGGCGGCCCCUGCCCGAGGGCGCCCAGAGCCGCCGCCAAGGUGAGGAGCUGCACUUCCCCAGCAUCCAGCCCUCUGAAGCCGGCGUCUACGUCUGCUCCUGCCGCAACCUCCGGCACAGCAAUGCCAGCCGCGCCGAGAUCAUUGUCACCGAGACCCCCGACAAGCCCAUCACCGUCACCGUGGAGGAGAAGAGGGUGCAGCGGGUGCAGCCCGGCGCCGAUGUCACCUUCGUCUGCACCGCCAAGAGCAAGUCUCCUGCCUACACGCUGGUGUGGACACGGCAGAACCACGGGACGCUGCCGGCAGGCGCCAUGGACUUCAACGGGAUCCUGACGCUGCGCAACGUGCGGCCCCAGGACGCCGGGGUCUACGUCUGCACCGGCUCCAACAUGCUGGACAUGGACCAGGGCACGGCCACGCUCUACGUCCAGGCUGCCUCAAAGACUCAGAUGUUCUAUGGACCCGUUGAGUUCAUGGAGGGGCACAGACCGGCUGGCACCGCCAGCGCCCCCACCGCCACCGUGGAGCCGGCGCAGCUGAGCGUGGCACCGGGGCAGCCGGCCGAGUUCCGCUGCGUGGUCACCGGCAGCCCCCAGCCCACCCUUGAGUGGCUCGGUGCGCUGCCGCCGCAGGCUGUGGUUCAGGGUGGCACGCUGCGUUUGGCCGCGGUCGAGCCCGCUGACGCCGGGCACUACGAGUGCCGGGCACGGAGCAGCGCCGGGCAGCACACGGCACGCGCCUUCCUCCAUGUGCAAGGCGCAGGCACCCCACAGGUGCAGGUGAGCCCGGAGCGGACGGAGGUGCAGGAGGGCUCCACGGUGCGGCUCUACUGCCGGGUCUCGGGGACCCCCACUGCCACCAUCACCUGGGAAAAGCAGGGGAGCGCUCUGCCGCCACAGUCCCGCGCUGAGCACGGUGACAUCGCCACGCUCGUCAUCCCGGCUGUGACGGCGGCUGAUGGUGGCAUCUACCUCUGCGUGGGCACCAGCGCUGCUGGCACGGCCCGCGCCGCUAUCGAGGUGGCUGUGGUGCCAGGAGUGGCGCCGCCGGUCCGCAUCGAGUCCUCGUCCCCAUCCGUCACCGAGGGACAGACCCUGGACCUGGACUGUGUGGUGGCAGGACCCAGCUCUGCCACCGUGACGUGGUACAAGCGUGGGGGCUCCCUGCCUGCUGGCCACCAGGUUUCAGGGUCCCGGCUCCGUGUCCCCCACGUCACGGCUGCUGAUUCAGGGGAGUACGUGUGCCGGGCAAGCCUGGGGACCGCUGUCCGGGAGGCAUCUGUCAUUGUCACCGUCGUGGCCGCAUCAGGCUCAUCCUAUGGACCACCAGCCUCAGGUGUCCCUGUCCGGAUCGAGGCAUCCUCGUCCACCGUGGCCGAGGGACAGACCCUGGACCUCAACUGCAUCGUGGCCGGGCAGGGACAGGCCACUGUCACCUGGUACAAGCGCGGGGGAAACCUCCCAGCCAAGCACCAGGUGUCUGGCUCCCGGCUGCGGCUGCUGCAGGUGACAGCGGCCGACUCGGGCGAGUACGUGUGCCGGGUGACCAGUGGGGCCACCACCAAGGAGAGCGCAGUCAUGGUGACCAUCCAGCCCAGCAGUGCCAGCGCCUACUCCCCGGGCAACACGACUCCCCUGCGCAUCGACUCCCCGUCCUCUGCCGUGGUCGAGGGACAGACCCUGGACCUCAACUGUGUCAUCGCCAGCCCUGCGCAGGCCACUGUCACCUGGUACAAGCGCGGGGGAUCCCUUCCAGCCAAGCACCAGGUGUCUGGCUCCCGGCUGCGGCUGCUGCAGGUGACAGCGGCCGACUCGGGCGAGUACGUGUGCCGGGUGACCAGUGGGGCCACCACCAAGGAAACCUCCAUCAUGGUGACCAUCCAGCCCAGCAGUGCCAGCGCCUACUCCCCAGGCAGCACGACCCCACUGCGCAUCGAGUCCUCGUCCCUGUCAUCCCCCGUGACCGAGGGACAGACCCUGGACCUCAACUGUGUCAUCGCCAGCCCCACACAGGCCACUGUCACCUGGUACAAGCGCGGGGGAGCCCUCCCAGCCAAGCACCAGGUGUCUGGCUCCCGGCUGCGGCUGCUGCAGGUGACAGCGGCCGACUCGGGCGAGUACGUGUGCCGGGUGACCAGUGGGGCCACCACCAAGGAGAUCUCCAUCGUGGUGACCAUCCAGCCCAGCAGUGCCAGCACCUACCCCGUUGGUGUCACCCCUCCGGUGCGCAUCGAGUCCUCGUCCUCCUCCGUGGCCGAGGGACAGACCCUGGACCUCAACUGCAUCGUGGCCGGGCAGGGACAGGCCACUGUCACCUGGUACAAGCGCGGGGGAAGCCUCCCAGCCAAGCACCAGGUGUCGGGCACCCGCCUGCGCAUCCCCCAGGUGACAGCAGCCGAUUCGGGGGAGUACGUGUGCCGGGUGACAGCAGGCAGUGUCACACAUGAGACAUCCCUCAUUGUCACCAUCCAGACUGGCGCUGGCUCCUCUUACGCUGUUGGUGUCACGCCACCAGUGAGGAUCGAGACCUCCUCAGCUGCUGUUACCGAGGGACAGACGCUGGACCUCAACUGCAUGGUGGCAGGACAGGGCCAUCCCCAAGUCACCUGGUACCGGCGCGGGGGGGCUCUGCCCCCAAACAGCCAGGUGUCAGGAACCCGCCUGCGCCUUGCCCAAGUGGCAGUGGCUGAUUCGGGGGAGUACGUGUGCCGGGUGACCCUGGGGACUGUCACCCAGGAGGCAUCUGUCAUUGUCACCGUGCCCAGCAGUGCCAACAGCUAUUACACCUCUGGCAUCUCCCAGCCCCUCCGCAUCGAGUCCUUGUCCUCGGCCAUCGCUGAGGGACAGACCCUGGACCUCAACUGCGUGGUGGCAGGGUCCGGCCCCACCACCGUGACGUGGUACAAGCGUGGUGGCUCCCUGCCUGUUGGCCACCAGGUGUCAGGCACUCGCCUGCGCAUCCCCCAGGUGACUGCAGCCGACUCAGGGGAGUACGUGUGCCGGGUGACAUCAGGUGGCAUCACGCAGGAGACAUCCCUCAUCGUCACCAUCGAUGACGGAGACAGCCCCUCCCGCUCCACUGGCAUCACGCCGCCCAUCCACAUCGAGUCCUCGGCGUCCUCUGUCACCGAGGGACAGACUCUGGACCUGGACUGCGUGGUGGCCGGCCAGGGACAGGCCACCAUCACCUGGUACAAGCGCGGUGGGGCCCUCCCAGCCAAGCACCAGAUUUCGGGGUCCCGGCUGCGGCUGUCCCAGCUCUCAGUGGCCGAUUCAGGAGAGUACGUGUGCCGGGCUGACACGGGCAGCGUCUCCCGUGAGGCCAUUGUGUCUGUCACUGUCACCUCCCGUGACAGCUCCAGCUACCGUUUGCAGAGCCCCAUCAUCUCCAUCGACCCGCACAGCAUGGCGGUGGCACCAGGUGAAGAUGCCACCUUCAAGUGCCGUGUUCACGACGGCGCCCGGCCCGUCAACAUCACCUGGCGUAUGGGGCCUGGCCAACACCUCCAAGACAAUGUGAAGAUCAGUGCCAAUGGCUCAGUCAUCUCCAUCACCGGUGCCCACGUGGGCAACCAGGGCGCCUACCACUGCGUGGCCUCCAACCGCUUCGGCGUGGCCAGCAGCGUCGUCAACCUCGUGGUGCAAGGUGCCCCCACGGUGUCAGUGAUGCCACCAGGCCCCGUGGCAGUGAAGGAGGGCAAAUCCCUGAGCCUGGAGUGCCUGGGCCGGGGCGAGCCGCGACCGCUGGUGCGUUGGAGCCGGCUGGGCUCCCGGCAGAAGGUGGAGCACCAAACACUGCUGCACAUGGACAGCCAGGCCAUCUUGCAGCUGUCACCGGCCAAGCCGGAGCACGCCGGGACCUACGUGUGCACGGCGCACAGUGCCCUGGGCUCGGCGCAGGCACGGGUGGAUGUCAGUGUGGAGUCAGCACAGCAGCACCCCGGGGCCCCCGAGGUCACCGCCCCAUCCACCGUCACCGUGGUGGCCGGGGACACCGCCACGCUGCACUGCACGGCCAGAGGUGACCCGGUGCCUCGGAUCGAGUGGUCGAAGCUGCGGGCGCCCCUGCCCUGGCAGCACCGCGUGGUGAACGGCAGCCUGGUCAUCCCUCGUGCCGCGCAGCAGGACUCGGGCCAGUACAUCUGCAAUGCCAGCAGCCCCGUGGGUUCCACCGAAGUCUUCGUCACCCUCGAUGUGGAGACUCCUCCGUAUGCCACCAUCCUCCCGGAGGACACGGCGGUGCGGGCAGGUGACGCGGUGCAGGUGCAGUGCCUGGCCCACGGCACGCCCCCGCUGCACUACACCUGGGACAAGGUGAACGGCAGCCUCUCGGCGCGCGUGGCCCACCGCGCCGGCCUCCUCCGCCUCAGCCCCGCGGCCCCCGCCGACGCCGGCACCUACCGCUGCCUCGUCACCAACCGUGUCGGCACCGCCGAGGCCUUCGCCCGCGUGGCUGUUCACGGUGACGGUGGAUCAUCCUCCCCUGGUGAAGGUGGGGACGUCGCUGGUGGUCCCUUGGUGGUGCGAGUGACACCAGGGAGCCUCGUCAAGGGGGUGGGUGGCACUGCCGAAUUCGCCUGCUCUGUCUCCGGGGACCCUCGUGCCCAUGUGGAGUGGCUGAGGGAAGAUGGGGAGCUGCCCCCCACCCACAGCGUGCGGGACGGAGUGCUGAGGAUGCCGGAGCUGGCGCCGGGGGCGCAGGGCGUGUACGUGUGCCGGGCCAGUGGCCCAGGCGGGCAGGCAGAGGACAGGGCCACCCUCACUGUGCAGGCUCUCCCCAGGGCCCUGAUCAACAUCCGGACCGCGGUGCAGACAGUGCUGGCAGGGACAACAGUGGAGCUGGAGUGCCUGGGCUUGGGGGAGCCCCGUCCCCACGUCACCUGGAGCAAAGUGGGGGGCCGCAUCCGCCCCGGGGUGCUGGUCCGUGCCGGCACCCUCACCAUCGAGCAGGUGGAGCGGGCGGACGCCGGGCAGUACCGCUGCACCGCCACCAACGCCGUGGGCACCGUCCAGUCCCACGUCAUCCUCCAUGUGCAAGCCGCUCCCCAAAUCGCCGGGCAGCCGGAGGUGAAGGAGGUGUCCCUCGGAUCAGCAGCUGUUUUGCCGUGCUUGGCAUCUGGCUUCCCAGUGCCGGAGAUCACCUGGAGCAAGCUGGAUGGGGAGCUGCCGGCGGGUGCCCGGGUGCAGGGGAACGUGCUGACACUGCCGGCAGUGCGCCCCGAGGACGCCGGCGUCUACACCUGCGUGGCUGCCAACCACCGCGGCCAGCAGACAGCCUACUACGUGCUGAAGGUCCAAGAGCACGUGGUCCCCUAUUUCGGGCAGUCGCCCCGCUCCUUCCUCCCCCUGCCCACCAUCAAGGAUGCCUACAAGAGGUUUGAGAUCCUCAUCACCUUCCGACCUGAUGCUGCGGAUGGGCUUCUCCUGUACAACGGGCAGCGGAAAAACAGCGGUGCCGACUUCAUCUCCUUCGGGUUGGUGGGUGGACGCCCCGAGUUCAGGUUUGAUGCUGGUUCGGGCAUGGCCACCAUCCGUCACCCCACAGCGCUGCGGCUGGGCGAGUACCACACGGUGCGGCUGCUCCGCAACCUCACCUGGGGCUCGCUGGGCCUGGAAGGGCACCCUGCUGUGAAUGGCACCUCCCAGGGGAAGUUCCAAGGGCUGGAUCUGAACGAGGAGCUGUACCUGGGCGGGUACCCCGACAUCGGCGCUGUGGCAAAGACGGGGCUCAGCCAGGGUUUCAUGGGCUGCGUGCGCCAGCUCCGCAUCCAAGGGGAAGAGGUGGCCUUUGGGGACAUGGACCUGCAGGCACACGGUGUCACCAAUUGUCCCACCUGCCAGGACCGGCCAUGCCAGAACGGCGGCGUGUGCCAGGACGACGAGAGUGGCACCUACGUCUGCCGAUGUCCCCACGGCUUCACCGGCAGCAACUGCGAGUACUCACAGGCAUUGCACUGUCACCCGGAGGCGUGUGGGCCUGAUGCCACCUGCGUCAACAGGCCGGACGGGCAGGGCUACAGCUGCCGCUGCCACCUGGGCAAGACUGGGGAGAGGUGCACCGAGGGUGAGGUGGUGAACGUGCCGUCGUUCGAUGAGGAGGGAGCCUUCGUCUCGUACCCGCCGCUCACCAACGUGCACCAUGAGCUGCGGCUGGAGGUCGAGUUCCUGCCGCUGGCGCCCGACGGGCUCCUGCUCUUCAGCGCCGGCAAAGCCGCCCCUGUCGAGGACUACGUGGCCUUGGCCAUGAUCGGUGGCCACCUCGAGUUCCGCUACGAGCUGGGCUCAGGCCCAGCAGUGCUGCGGAGCGCAGAGCCGGUGGCCCUGGGCCAGUGGCACUGGGUGACAGCUGAACGGGUUAACAAGGACGGGACACUGGUGGUGGACGAUGCCGCCCCGGUGAAACGCUCCUCACCCGGCAAGAGCCAGGGGCUCAACCUGCGCAGCCCCCUGUACCUGGGGGGCACCGAGCCCCCCCUGCGCCCCCCCACCAACGCCUCCUUCCGCGGCUGCAUCGGAGAGGUGUCCAUCAGCGGGAAGCGCCUGGAGCUGCGGGAGCGGUUCCUGCGCAGCCGGGGGGUGCGGCCGUGCGGCCACCGCGCCCCGUGCCGGCCGGGGAGCCGCGGCCCGCGCUGCGAGGAGGAGGAGGAGGAGGCCGAAGGCUGUCACCCCUCCCGGCCCUGCCUGCACGGUGGCUCCUGUGUCCAUGGCUCCUGCCGCUGCCCCCCGGGACACAGCGGGGCCCGCUGCCAGCACCGCUCGGCACUGGCAGAGCUGGAGCAGGACUGGCAGGAGGGCAGCGGGGGCGGCGACGCCCCUGGGCAGUUCAGCGCCGCAUUCCAGGACGGAUCCUACCUGGCCCUUCCCGGGCACCUCUUCCCUCGUGGCCCCCCCGAGGCUCCCGAGACCAUCGAGCUGGAGCUGCGGACGCGCAGCGCCCAGGGGCUGCUGCUGUGGCACGGCGCGGAGCCCAGCGAGGGUGGCAAAGCCAAAGAUUUCCUCGGCCUCGGGUUGAAGGACGGGCACCUGGUGUUCAGCUACCAGCUGGGCAGUGGCGAGGCCACCAUCACCUCCGAAGACCCCGUCAAUGACGGCGAGUGGCACCGGGUGACAGUGACAAGGCAGGGCCGGCGUGGGCAGCUCCAGGUGGAUGGAGAGGAGCCGGUGAGUGGGGAAUCACCCGGAUCCAACGUCAUGGCCAACACUGAGGGCAGCGUCUACGUGGGCGGAGCCCCCGACCCCCGCGCCCUGACCGGCGGCAAGUUCAGCUCCGGCCUCUCGGGCUGCGUGCGGGGGCUGGCGCUGGAGUCCGCCGGCAUCCCCCGACACCCCAUCGACCUCCGGCACGGCGCCCUGGGGGGCUCCCCCGUGCCCCCCUGCCCCUCCUAACCCCCCCGAAGCAGAGGCUGGGGGGAAUUUGGCCGAGUUUAUUCUUUUCCAAAAAAAACCCAACAACACCAGGAGGAAACGGUGCUUCGCUGCCCCGGGGUGACUCUGGGGGGGGGCCGGGACCCCCAAAAAUGUUUACACCCCCCUUCCACCGGCCCCCCGAAACUGUGCCGGGGCGGCCGGGCCGCCUGGGUGCCCCCCGGGGUGGCGGCGGGGUGGGGGCGCGAGGGACAAUCGGGGACAGCCAUUAAAGGAGAGACAACCCGUG